CUGUCUAUAGUGAUAUCAGGGCUAGGCUUGACAACAGCCAUCAUAAUCAUCAUUUUCUGGCUAUACGGCGUUUUGGCCAAUGCGCGCCACAUAAAAAAAUGGCGAAAUGCCAAGUGCCCGAGUGCUUCAACCGGCGCGAUAAGGACAAAGGCAAGAAGAGUUUCUUCCGCAUCCCCGACCCGGCCAAGGGGUACCGGGACCUGGCCCAGAGGUGGCUGACCAACAUCGGCUCGGGUAGGCAGGUGGAGGGCUUCGUCUUCUCCAAGAACAAGCUGGUCUGUGAGGACCACUUUGAGGUGACGUGUUUCAGGGAGGAUCUGCAGGCCCGGGUGCUUGGUUACCGGCCGGCGCGCAAGAAGCUCAAGCCGGGCUCCGUGCCAACCAUCUUCGCGAGCUGUCAGGACGGGAGGCGGGACCCGCAGCGACUCUGGCCCAGUCAGCAUCUCACGGUUGGCCGCAAGAGUUCCAAAAUACGUUCCAGGCUUAAACCAGACCUUUCACUUCCGGUUCCGGGUGAACUUCAAUCGAUUUCCAGUUCUGUCUACGGAGCCGGUGAGAUGAGCGGGCCAGCGGAACCACCGCCCUCCCAGGCACGUCAAUUACCAAAUUCCUUGCCAGCUGAGAGCACGAUGGGAGACCAGGAUGACUUCACGAGAGAGCCGGGUACCAGGCAAAUUCUGACCCCUGUGGUCAGUGCUGCUAUGAGUCCACCUGACACAUUGAAUCUGGCUCCUGGGAACCACCUCAAAGUUCGCCUGGUGGAAUUCGCCGACAAGGAGGUGCAGACGGAUCCCGUUCUUAUCUUGCCGAUCAGACGAUACAACUGUUCGCAACGCGACAGGGUGUCAUAGGCCAAGGGUCAAAGGGUGAAAUGGAAUCCACAGUAACACCAAAUCCAUAAGACUGGAAUUAGGUACACAUCAACGCAUUCUCAUCAUAAGAUGUUCUUUGCUUUAAUUUAUGUACAAAAUAUCUUACAUAGUUAUACUCUGCCAAACAAAAAAUAAUGUUGACUUCAUAUUGUGCAAUUUGUUUUUGAAAUGUAUUUCUUGAUAACAUUCAAACAUUUCCCGUUGGUGUAAAAUUCAAAUAUCUGCCUAUAUAAUAGCCUGUGAAAUUUCUAAUAAUUGGGCAACAAUUGUACUUAAUAAGAGUAAAUAAUUCCAUUCUAUUCCAUCAGCCGUUACUAUUUUUAGACAUUGAUCAAUCAGAUACAAAAGAGCACCUCAUUUUUUUUUUGCUGCUAAUUUUCACCCCAGUGCCUGGCAUUUUUUUCCCCAGUCAAGAUUAAAGGCAAAACAGUGAGGUGGCCACAUUUGAACACUAAUAUAUAUCCCAAUAUUGACUUCUGUGCACAUUACAACUCUGAACCUGGUACCAUUUUCUAUCCACCCUAGCAUAUCAAGUAAUCCAAUAUGUCAUCGUCUGCUCUAAUAUACUGAGAGUAAAACAAACCACAAGUAUAAUGUGCCAGCAAGUAAAAUCAAAGAUGCAUUUUCACAACUAAAAGGUAAUAUACAACAUUUUCUUUUGCUGUAAUUUUCACAGAUGGAUUUAGGGGUUAGUGUUUUACAGCAAAUAUUGUUACACUAACCUGUUUAAAGGUUUGAGUUCAUAGAUGCUGGAAAAACCAACAAAAAAAAAUAUGCUAUUCUUGUAGUCUGGUUCCCUGACCCUACUUUGACGAAACGGAGCAAUUUAUAGACGUUGCGAAAUUGUCAUGUCAUUGGGAAUUGAUACAAAAAUUCCACUUUUCUUGAAAAUGCAGCACACCAGGUGCCAUGAUUUCACAGUAUGCUUGAGACUAUUAUUCACUUACAUUUAUUUCAUAAUAAGUUGGUAAUUUUGUUUUUUGAUGUUUGCAAAUGUUGUAUUAUUACCUUUAAGCGUCAAACUGACAUAUUUAUCCACAAUUUGAAAUUCCACAACCGUCAUCUGCCCAGACAUCCUACUUCACCAUCAAUGAUUCUAACAUCCCAGAACCUGAUUUUUGUGACAUUUUGCUUAAGGGAGAUUCUAAAUCACAAACUUUUGUACACAAUUCAUUUCUCGUGCAGUUGAAUAUAAAUGUGUGUGGCAGUACAAUUACAAAAUGAGUCUGUAUUGAUGAUUUCUUUGAAAUGUAAUAAAACAGAAAAUGCUGAUAAGUAUAAACAAAGUAGCUGUUGUUAACUGUUGAUAUAUUGUUUGUUUCUUUUCUUCUGCUUUUUUUUUUUGGGGGGGGGGGGGGGA